GCCCGAGAGGAUGUUAUCUGCAUGCUGAAGUCCAAACACAGUUCCCCAGAAGCCCUUGAGUCGCAGUACGGCUCCGCGGUCCCUGGCUCGGCCCUCCAGGCCCUCCAGAGAGACGGCGUCAUCACAGGCACCAAACCACACAACCACAGUGUCUACCAGAAACCGAUGGCUGAGCUGGAGCGUCUGCAGGAGAAGCACAAGGAGGCGUACCGGCGGAUGCUGGGUCAGCUGCUGCUCGCAGAAAAGUCCCACCGGCGAACGAUCCACGAGCUGGACACGGAGAAGAGGAAGCACGCCGACUACAUGAACAAGAGCGACGACUUCACCAACCUCCUGGAGCAGGAGAGAGAAAGACUGAAGAAGUUGCUUGAGAACGAGAAAGCCUACCAGCUCAGAAAGGAGAACGAACACGCCAAACGUCUGACCAAGGUGCGAGAGGAGCUGGUCAAACUGAAGUCUUUCGCCCUGAUGUUGGUGAAUGAGCGGCAGCAGCACCUGGAACAAAUAGACCAGCAGAGCCAGCGGGUCCAGGAUUGUGACAACCAGGGCUUCUUUCCCGGGCCUGCAUCCAAGGAUUGA